CUCAAAAGAAUUGGAAGCAGAAAAGUUGGAUGAAACACUUAAAAGACAGGAACAUCGCAUACCCAUCAAGAACGGGGAGCAUGGCUAUGAGCAGCGUCAGUGAUUCUGUGGUUCUCAGCAACGGCAGCAUCUUGUCAAGCGCUACGGGCCCAGGUAUCGUUGCGGCUAGCGAUGGAGAUGCCGCCAUCCAGCAACUCCCAUCCAAGGAAACACCAAGAACAAAAGCGAGUCCAAAUGGCUGCCUGCAACUUAAUGGUACAAUCAAACCAUCUUUUCUGCCUUUAGACAACCAAAGAACUCAGCAGAUGUUGUCGCAAUGCUGCCACCCUUGCCCAUACCAUCAUCCUUUAAGUAGCCAUAAUAAUAAGCAAGAAUGCCAUUCAGUAGUUGGCAGCUCAGCACCGUCUCCUAUGACUUCGUGCUGCAUGCAGCCACAUACUGAGUAUUCAGCAUCUAUUUGCCAAAAACAUACACCCAUAUAUCAGCCUGCAUGCUGUCUUCAACCCUCACCAUCCUUCUGCCUUCACCAUCAAUGGCCUGACCAUUUUCAGCAUCAGCCUGUGCAGCAACAUAUAGCCAGGAUAAGACCAGCCAGACCAUUCAAGUUACCAAAAAGCUAUGCCGCACUGAUAGCUGACUGGCCCGUGGUGGUCCUGGGCAUGUGCACUGUGCUAAUAGUGGUGUGCGCUCUGGUUGGGAUAUUAGUGCCGGAUCUUCCAGACUUCUCUGAUCCAUUGCUGGGUUUUGAACCAAGAGGGACAGCAAUAGGACAGAGAUUGGUCACAUGGAAUAAUAUGGUGAAGAACACAGGGUACAAAGCCACACUGGCAAACUACCCUUUCAAAUAUGCAGAUGAGCAGGCUAAAAGUCAUCAGGAUGACAGAUGGUCAGAUGAUCACUAUGAGAGAGAGAAGAGGCAAGCAGACUGGAACUUCCACAAAGAUACCUUUUUCUGCGAUAUCCCAAGUGAUCGCUAUUCACGAGUGGUAUUUACUUCAACAGAGGGAGAGAAUUUAUGGAAUUUGAAUGCAAUUAAGUCAAUGUGCAAUGUAGAUAACUUGAGGAUCAGAUCCCAUUCCCAAUUUGGCGAUCUCUGCCAGCGAGCCACUGCUGCUUCGUGCUGUCCCAGCUGGACACUGGGCAACUAUAUUGCCAUUUUAAACAACAGAUCAUCAUGUCAAAAAAUUGUAGAACGAGACGUCUCUCACACCCUAAAGCUGCUUCGCACAUGUGCCAAAUACUACUACAAUGGGACCCUGGGACCAGACUGCUGGGACAUGAAUGCCAAAAGGAAGGACCAACUCAAGUGUACAAACGUGCCUCGUAAAUGUACAAAGUACAAUGCUGUUUACCAGAUCCUCCACUAUCUAGUGGACAAGGAUUUUCUAAGCCCAAAGACAGCUGACUAUGUCUUACCAGCUUUAAAAUAUAGCAUGCUCUUCUCUCCAACUGAGAAAGGAGAAAGCAUGAUGAAUAUUUACCUGGAUAACUUUGAGAACUGGAACUCUUCCGAUGGUGUAACAACCAUCACAGGGAUUGAGUUUGGAAUAAAACACAGUUUGUUUCAAGAUUACCUGUUGAUGGAUACUGUGUAUCCUGCCAUAGCCAUUGUCAUUGUUUUAUUAGUUAUGUGUGUAUACACGAAGUCAAUGUUUAUCACGCUGAUGACUAUGUUUGCAAUAAUUAGCUCCUUGAUUGUUUCGUAUUUUCUCUAUCGGGUAGUAUUUAAUUUUGAGUUUUUUCCAUUUAUGAAUCUCACUGCAUUAAUUAUUCUUGUUGGAAUUGGAGCAGAUGAUGCUUUUGUCUUAUGUGAUGUUUGGAAUUACACAAAAUUUGAUAAACCUCAUGCUGGGACUUCUGAGACAGUAAGCAUCACAUUGCAGCACGCUGCUCUUUCCAUGUUUGUCACCAGUUUUACCACCGCUGCUGCCUUCUAUGCUAAUUAUGUCAGCAAUAUCACAGCAAUCAGAUGUUUUGGUGUUUAUGCUGGCACUGCCAUAUUGGUGAAUUAUGUUUUGAUGGUUACGUGGCUACCUGCCGUAGUUGUAUUACAUGAACGAUAUCUUCUCAAUAUUUUCAGUUGCUUUAAAAAACCUCAGCAGAGGAUAUACAACAACAAAAACUGCUGGACAGUGUUGUGCCAAAUGUUCCACAGGGUUAUUUUUGCGGUCUCAGAAGCAUCCAGGAUAUUUUUUGAAAAAGUGUUGCCAUGCAUUGUUAUCAAAUUUCGAUACAUUUGGCUUUUCUGGUUCCUUGCCUUAACAAUAGGUGGAGCAUAUAUUGUGUGUGUAAAUCCAAAGAUGAAACUGCCAUCAUUGGAGCUCUCCGAGUUUCAGGUAUUCAGGUCUUCUCACCCAUUUGAACGAUAUGAUGCAGAAUACAAAAAGCUUUUUAUGUUUGAACGUGUUCACCAUGGAGAGGAACUCCACAUGCCAAUUACAGUAAUCUGGGGUGUCAUACCUGAAGAUAACGGUGACCCUUUAAACCCUAAAAGUAAAGGAAAGUUGCAACUAGAUAGCAGUUUUAAUAUUGCUAGCCCAGCUUCACAGGUUUGGAUUUUACGUUUCUGUCAGAAGUUAAGAAAUCAAACAUUUUAUUAUCAGACUGAAGAGCAAGACUUCACAAGCUGCUUUAUUGAAACAUUUAAGCAGUGGAUGGAAAAUCAGGACUGCGAUGAGCCUUCUCUGUACCCCUGCUGCAGCCACUGGAGCUUUCCAUACAAACAAGAAGUUUUUGAAUUAUGUAUCAAGAGAGCUAUAAUGGAGUUAGAAAGAAGCACAGGGUAUCAUUUAGAUAGUAAAACCCCAGGGCCUCGCUUUGACCUCAACGACACUAUCCGGGCAGUGGUGUUGGAGUUCCAAAGCACCUACCUCUUCACGCUUGCUUAUGAGAAAAUGCAUCAGUUCUACAAAGAGGUAGACUCCUGGAUUUCAAAUGAGCUUAGUUCUGCUCCUGAGGGUCUCAGCAAUGGCUGGUUUGUGAGUAAUUUAGAAUUUUAUGAUCUUCAGGACAGUCUGUCUGAUGGUACUCUGAUUGCCAUGGGUCUUUCAGUUGCUGUUGCAUUUAGUGUAAUGCUUCUUACAACUUGGAAUAUAAUUAUAAGUCUUUAUGCAAUAGUUUCAAUAGCUGGAACUAUUUUUGUCACUGUAGGUUCCCUGGUUCUUCUGGGAUGGGAGCUAAAUGUGUUAGAAUCUGUCACUAUUUCUGUGGCUGUCGGCUUAUCUGUAGACUUUGCUGUUCACUAUGGAGUGGCUUAUCGCUUAGCCCCUGAUCCUGACCGAGAGGGAAAAGUCAUUUUUUCUUUAAGCCGUAUGGGUUCUGCUAUUGCAAUGGCUGCACUGACCACAUUUGUAGCUGGAGCAAUGAUGAUGCCUUCUACAGUGCUGGCAUACACGCAGCUUGGCACCUUUAUGAUGCUUAUAAUGUGCAUUAGCUGGGCUUUUGCAACAUUCUUCUUCCAGUGCAUGUGCCGCUGCCUUGGGCCCCAGGGCACUUGUGGCCAGAUUCCACUACCAAAAAAAUUGCGAUGCAAUGCUUUCUCUCAGACCUUUUCAGGAGGGCAAGGAGGCAGAGGACAAAAUAAAUCACAUCCAGUUAGCAAAUAUCAGCUGGACUCCAGAAAUCAAAAACCAGAAAUGGAGCAUGAGCACUAUGAGCUGGAGCCUCUGGCAUCCCAAACCGGUAACUGUAACCCUGCAGAGAAAGUGACUUAUGAAGAAACUCAUAUCUGCUCAGAACUCUUCAGUAGCAGGCCCCAAAACACAUGUAUGUCUAUGCAUUCAGCAUAUAAUAGUGAAGUGAAUAAAAGCAUGCAAAAAGUUGCUAGUUCGUCUGUGUUACAGUCAUCUGUUGACCAACAAACCAUAUGCCCACUUUUCUCUCAGAGCAGACAAUGUGGCUGUCCUGAUGCAUAUAAGCAAGUAGCAGUGAAGUGGAGCCCACACUCAUGCCAACAGUUAAGUGAUACCUUCUGUUAUCAGUGCUCUCCUUCAUCUGGAACGGUACAGCUCCAAAAUGCUAUGGCUCCUGUAAAUGCUUUGCAGCAAGCCCCAGAAGGGUAUGUGCACCCGGUCCAGCAUGUCCUCCACUGCGGUUGCCUUCAGGGAAGGCUCAAAAGAACGAUGACACAGAACUCUCUGCCUAAAAAUUUUUUCCUCCAGUCAGUGCAACAGUUUCAGGCCCAUCAAAGAAUAAAUAGGACAGAUUCACGUGGUCAUCAAAACCCGGAGGAAAACGUAAGAACUCUUCCAAAGGUGGUGAGCUCCUCACAAUUUCUCUGCCGAAAUGCAGGGCCUCUAAUAAUGCAUUGCUCUGAAUGUGAGAACAGUGUAUCAAAUAACCAAACGGGACUCUCUCAGAAGAAAGACAAGUGUGAUGGAAAGGGUGGUACAGAAGUAAACGGGGUUGAAAGCAAGAAAACCUCAGCGUCCAAGCAGAAGAAGAAAGCUGAGAGCAAAACAGAUCAGCAUUCUUUGCAGAAUGAGCAGGUUUCGAAAGCUGACCAAAACGAUCAGAAACACCUGCUGGAUACGUCAGGGAGAGAGGCUCACUGUGAGGGUUGCCAUGAAAAUUCACACUGUUGUAGCAAGGCCGUAACAGUGAAGUGCAAUUCUGUUGACUGUCAAAUGCCAAACAUCGAAGCCAAUGUGCCUCCUCUGUUAAUGCGCCCAGAACUUUCCAAUGAAAGUUUGUUAAUAAAAACACUAUAAUAAAUCUUUAAUUUGGCAAUCUUGUGUCUUUCUUUUAAAAGUGCAUUUAAAACACUAAAGAGUAAAGUCCUGAUUAAAUAUAAUUUAUAGUUUGCAUUUUGGAAUGAAAAAUGUAUUUUAUAGAACAGUAACAUUUAUACGUUUCAUAAAGCCAUUACAUGUAGUGAAACCUGAUAUUGUCCAGAAUGUUUUUUGCUGUAACUCAAAAGAUGGAUUAUGCUUAAUUUAGUUUUUGCCCCAGGGCACUUGAGUUUGAAUUCUCCUUAUAAACUGUCUCAAGAAAUAAAGCAAUGCAAAGAAACUCUCCCUUUUCUGAAGCUAGGGAUUGUGAAACUGGUAACAUUUGGGAUGGAGUGCGACGACUACAUCAUUUGCCCUGCUCCUCUGCUGCCUUGGCAGGCUUCUGUUUUGAACCUGGUGCGCACCUUGAAACAACAGGAGGGCUGUAGUUGUGUUAAUUUAGGGUUGUCUGGAGGACCAGCUCUGCAGUGUAGCAUGUUUUGAGACUAUAUUUGACUGUUAAUCCUAAAAAAAUCUGAAGAAUAGCUCUUUGGAAAUCAACAGCACUUGCACUGCCAUUGUUAUAUAUCUCUCUAUAUAUAGUACAGUAAAACAUUUUUAACUGCCCUUCCUGGCAGUUACUAUAUCGACUUACCCUUAAAUACAAGAAACUACAAGAAGAAACAAUGGUUAGUAAAGUUAUUUACUGCUUAGUGAAGACAAGAAAGGUAUAGUUCAUAUGUAUGAUAUAUAUCUAUGUAUGUAUACAAGUUCAGGAGUUAUAAAGUCAGGAACGAAAUGCCCUCCAGUACUUCAUUUUUCCCAUUGCAUUUUUCCGUAAGUACGAAAAUUAGAAGUAAAGCUAUUGCAGAGGAAAGCAUAGCACAUGUUCUAGACUUAUUGCCAAUAGUAUGGGAUAUAGUCAAUCGAGAAAGCUCAAGGUGAUAAAUUAAAAUAUCGUGCUCUGAGUUUUUGCUUACCCAGAGAAGUUCCAAAAUGUAGUUACAAGUAUUGACCUAACUCAUGUAAACAGGAAACUGGAUUUCACACGUUGUAUUUGUGUGACCACAGGGUUCGCUCAAAUGACAGAUAUGGUUUGGUCAUGGAGACACUUGCUGGGGUCGUCAUUCAGAGAAGGUGGAUUUGAGAUGUGGAUAUAUAAUUUAUUAUAAUUGAUAUAUAAUUUAAUGCUGAAUCUCUCUUCCAGUAAUAGUUUAUGUCAAUGAUGUUGAUUUAUUUUCCUUAGAUAACAUAAGAUACAUUUCAUAGAACGGUUUGCUGUCCUGUACUUGGCAUGUUAUAAUGCACUGUAGGAAAAGCUUAGCUUUUUCUGUUCCAAUUUUCCUAUCAAAGGGACAUAGAAGAUCAGUUUCAUGUGACAAACCAGUUUGGUUUGUCUGGGUGUGGUGAUGUUCAUGCUUAUGUAACCCAGUGACUGGAACAGAAUAAGAGGUUGAACUUUACAGAAAAAGCUGAAGUGAUUUUAUAU